AAAUUGCAUGGAGUCGUGUUCAUAGUUUUAUUUCCAAACAAUUUAUGCUCUUUUAUUUAUUUGUUAACAAGUAGACAUUUCGAGUGCUUGGUAUUAUUAACCGUAGUGUAUUCAACAAUGUCGAAAAGAAGAAUCGAAGUGUUGGACCCGUUUAUAAAAAAGAAACGGGAAGAACGUGGAAUUAGCACGGCUGUAACGAAUAACCCACAAGUAGCAAACACCUCAAUCAACCCAUACACCGGCUUACCAUACACCAAUAAGUACCAUGAGUUGUAUCGUAAACGUAUCACACUUCCUGUUUUUGAAUACCGCAACGAUUUCAUGCGUUUACUUGCCGAAAACCAGUGCAUUGUACUGGUUGGCGAGACAGGGUCUGGAAAAACAACACAAAUUCCUCAGUGGUGUGUUGAAUUUGCUAGGUCAGUGGGCAAAAAAGGGGUGUGUUGUACCCAACCAAGGAGGGUGGCUGCCAUGUCUGUGGCACAGAGAGUGUCGGAGGAAAUGGAUGUCGCCUUAGGCCAAGAAGUGGGCUACAGCAUUCGAUUCGAGGACUGUUCAUCGGCCAAAACAAUCCUCAAGUACAUGACCGACGGUAUGUUGCUCCGCGAAGGCAUGAGCGACCCAAUGUUGGACGCCUACCAGUGCAUUUUACUCGACGAAGCCCACGAACGUACUCUCGCCACUGAUAUCCUGAUGGGCGUUUUAAAAGAAGUGAUCAAACAACGCUCCGAUUUGAAAUUAGUUAUUAUGUCAGCCACUUUAGAUGCCGGCAAAUUCCAGCAAUAUUUCGAUAAUGCCCCUUUAAUGAACGUCCCAGGUCGUACCCAUCCAGUGGAAAUUUUCUAUACACCAGAACCCGAACGUGACUAUCUCGAAGCCGCCAUCCGUACCGUCAUCCAAAUCCACAUGUGUGAAGAAAUAGCCGGCGAUAUUCUUCUGUUUUUGACCGGUCAAGAAGAAAUUGAAGUAGCUUGCAAGCGAAUCAAACGCGAAAUUGAUAAUCUAGGGCCCGAAGUUGGCGAACUAAAAUGUAUUCCUUUGUAUUCGACACUGCCUCCGAAUUUGCAACAACGUAUUUUCGAAGAAGCGCCUCCGACUAAAGCCAAUGGGGCCAUCGGUCGUAAAGUUGUCGUCUCGACCAACAUCGCGGAGACUUCAUUGACUAUAGAUGGCGUUGUAUUUGUGAUAGACCCCGGAUUUGCGAAGCAAAAAGUAUACAAUCCUAGAAUUCGUGUCGAGUCGUUACUGGUAUCUCCGAUUAGUAAAGCAUCAGCACAGCAACGCGCUGGAAGAGCUGGAAGAACACGACCAGGAAAAUGUUUCCGACUCUACACGGAAAAAGCAUACAAGAAUGAAAUGCAAGACAACACCUAUCCGGAAAUUUUACGAUCUAAUUUGGGUUCGGUAGUUUUACAAUUGAAGAAAUUAGGAAUUGAUGAUUUGGUACAUUUUGAUUUUAUGGAUCCUCCGGCGCCGGAAACUUUGAUGAGGGCUUUGGAAUUGUUGAAUUAUUUGGCCGCGUUGGAUGAUGAUGGAAAUCUUACGGAUUUGGGUGCGGUUAUGGCCGAGUUUCCACUUGAUCCCCAGUUGGCGAAAAUGUUGAUUGCCAGCUGUAACCACAACUGUUCCAAUGAAAUAUUGUCCAUUACUGCGAUGCUGUCAGUCCCACAGUGCUUCAUCAGACCGAAUGAGGCGAAGAAAGCGGCCGACGAUGCAAAAAUGAGAUUCGCGCAUAUUGACGGGGACCAUUUGACGCUGCUCAACGUCUACCAUGCUUUCAAACAAAGUAUGGAAGAUCCACAAUGGUGCUAUGAUAACUUUGUCAAUUACCGUUCCUUGAAAUCAGCUGAUAACGUCAGACAACAGUUGUCAAGAAUUAUGGAUCGGUUUAAUCUCAAGCGAACUUCUACAGAUUUCACAAGCAAGGAUUAUUAUAUUAAUAUAAGGAAGGCGUUAGUUAAUGGGUUUUUCAUGCAGGUGGCUCAUUUGGAAAGAACCGGUCACUACCUUACUAUUAAAGAUAACCAAAAUGUUCAACUUCACCCGUCCACAUGUUUAGAUCACAAACCAGAGUGGGUUAUUUACAAUGAAUUUGUCUUGACCACUAAAAAUUAUAUCAGAACUGUGACAGAUAUUAAACCGGAUUGGCUCAUUAAAAUAGCACCCCAGUAUUACGACCUUCAAAACUUCCCACAAUGUGAAGCCAAACGUCAACUAGAAAUAAUCCAAAAUCGUUUAGAUUCAAAACAAUACCAACACGGUUUUUAGUUUUAUUAGUUUUACUAUGUUAUUGCAAUUUGGUGUGUAUUUUCAUUAUGACUUAGUCUUCAUUCCACGGAAAUAAACUGAUUUAUUCAAUAAUUUAUUAACUAUUGUAUGUAUUUUUGAACAGUAUAUAUCCUGGCUUAUGUUACAUACUAUAGCGUUGAUGUUACAUUUUGCUACAGAUUCUGUGUUUUCAAAUUAUGUAUAAAUGUUUAGCAUAAAAUUGAAGGUUUUAAGCUCAGAAAUUGUACUUUAUAAGUAUGUUAUUGGCACCAAUAAAGAGUCGAUAUUUUUUAAGUCUAACAA